GCUUGAAGUUUGUUCUACAAAUACAAAACGCAAGCUCUUCAAGAAUAAAAUACAAUUUCAUUAUAUUUUGUAUUCAUAUCAUGUGCAGUGGUUUCGAAAUAUUAAAUAAAACCCAAUUAAAAACUGAAUCAUCAAAGAAAUUGUAAAUGGAUGCAUCAAUGAUGGAUUCUAAAGCAUUAUGUUAGGCGAUAUCCAGCUCACCAAGCGUUUGCUUGUUAUAGCUUUGGUCCUUAGCAUUAUUUACAUUUUAAAGGAGUACGUGUUUGUCUAUCCAAUAUGACUCAACAUAGGGUUGCGUAUUUCUACAACGCGGAUGUGGGUAACUUCCACUAUGGGCCAGGCCACCCUAUGAAGCCGCAUCGUCUGUCGGUCACUCAUAGCUUGGUCCUAAAUUAUGGACUUCAUAAAAAGAUGCAAAUUUACAAGCCUUACAGAGCGAGCGCUCAUGACAUGUGUCGAUUCCACAGUGAGGACUACAUUGAGUUCUUGCAGAACGUAACACCACAAAAUAUUCAAAGUUACUCCAAAGACCUGCUUCACUACAAUGUUGGUGAUGACUGUCCAGUCUUCGAGGGUCUCUUUGACUUUUGUUCGAUGUACACUGGUGCGUCGCUCGAAGGCGCCAUGAAACUUAACAACAAUGCGUGCGACAUAGCCAUCAACUGGUCAGGGGGCUUGCAUCACGCAAAGAAGUUUGAACCUUCCGGCUUCUGCUAUGUCAACGACAUUGUUAUUGCUAUUCUGGAGCUGCUGAAGUACAACCCUCGGGUGCUGUACAUCGACAUCGAUGUCCACCACGGGGACGGCGUGCAAGAGGCUUUCUACCUCACCGAUCGGGUCAUGACUGUCAGCUUUCACAAGUAUGGUAACUACUUUUUCCCCGGAACUGGUGAUAUGUAUGAAAUCGGUGCUGAGAGCGGGAGGUACUACUCUGUCAAUGUGCCCCUGAAGGAGGGGAUAGAUGACCAGAGCUAUGUUCAGGUAUUCAAACCGGUCAUAUCGAACGUGAUGGAGUUCUACCGCCCCACCGCUAUAGUGCUGCAAUGCGGCGCGGACUCCCUCGCCGGAGACCGGCUGGGGUGCUUCUCUUUGUCCACGCGUGGGCACGGGGAGUGCGUCAAGUUCGUCAAGAACCUCAAUGUGCCCACGUUGGUAGUGGGGGGAGGGGGUUACACGCUGAGAAACGUAGCGCGGUGUUGGACGUACGAGACCUCGCUGCUGGUGGACGAGAACAUUUCCAACGAGCUCCCCUACACGGAGUACCUCGAGUUCUUCGCGCCAGACUUUCAGCUCCAUCCGGAGAUCAGCAGUACCAACAAUGCGAACAGCAAGCAGUACUUGGAAACAAUUGCGAAACACGUUUACGACAAUCUCAAGAUGUGCCAGCACUCGCCCGCCGUUCAGAUGACGCAUGUGCCGGGCGACUUCUUCCCCGACGAGUACAAGAUAAAAGACGAACCGGAUCCGGACGUCAGGAUCAGUAAAGAGGAAGCGGAAAUGAUGGUGGAGCCCAAGAACGAGUUCUAUGAUGACGAGAAGGACAACGAUAAGGAUAUAAAGGAACCAUAGCAUACGACCGAGCUCGCCGACCCUUUGGCCGUGUGAAGCUUGAAAAUGUGACAUUUUGAAAAAAAUAAAUAAAAGAAACAAAACGUUAAAUCAUGGUGUUAAAAUGUGACGAACAAGUUGUCAAGUGAACUGUGAAAGUGAUUCGCGAGUUUAAAAAGUGAUAUAAAAACUAUCGUAGACUGAUAAUAUUAGAUUUUGGUUGGUGCAGAAACUGACCAAUCGCGUUACUAUUGUAAAGAAUGAAGCGCUUUGAUUGGUAGUUUCGAGAUUAUGUGGCACUUAAUUGAUAUGCGUUUUUUUUGCCGGACGUUAAAGAAAGCAUGAAUAUCGGACGGAAUUAAAUGCGAUUUGACAAGGGGCCUUAAUAAGAGUUACAUUACUACAACUUUUAUGAGUUGCAUCGGCA